UUCUGUCCAAAUAAAAGCCAUAGGUAAUAUAGAUGACAUUAUUUAUUUAUUUAUUUACUACUAAUAACAUUUAGUUUGACAGCUUUGAUGGGAACUUAGUGGUUCAAUUACCCAUCAAUAUAAUAAUAACAAAAAUGCAAAACUAAGAGUCUAAAGUUCAGUAUAGAUACAUAGGAGUAAAAAUCCAUGAGUUGACACAUCUACCCUUAAUGAAAUUCAUAAUUGAUUUCUAAAAAAUAAAAUAAUAAUAUGAUGCAAGUUGUACGCAACUGCUCUGCUCCCACACAACCAACACCACAAGUGAGACAACACGUCACCCGCCACCACAUGGGCCAGUCGCCAUCGCUAGUCUGUGCCGCAGCCACGAGUCCGUGUCACUGCAACCGCCGGUCCAUGCCGCCGCAACCGCCAGUUUGUACUGCUGCCAUCUUUAUCACCGUCGCCGGUGGUGCCGCUGUACGGUGCCUACGCUGUCAGCCACCGUUGAUGUCAUUAUCUCCAUUGUUGCCACCACCGUUGCUUCCUUUUCCACAGCCACCUAUUUCGGAGUCACCCUUGGCUCUUCCAGCACCACCACGAUCUUGACUCCUCCUCUAUCAAUCUGAAAUUUGGAAAAGAUGUUUUAAAAUGUCAUUUUAAUGGCCUUUUUUAUAUUAAAAUAAAGAAUAUGAAUCUUAUCACCAUCUUCAGAUUUUGAUGACAUUAUAAAUAUUAUAUUUGCAAGGGGAAUAGUAUUGCCAUCACAACAGAUUUAGUGUCAUUAUAUGAAAAACAUGGCAUUAUUAGCCAUCUUCUUGAUGGAAUUAGUGUCAUUUUUUUAAUAUACGAAAUUAGUGUCAAAUAAUAAUUUCACAUGGCAUUAUUAGCCAUCUUGAUGGAAUUAGUGUCAAAUAAAAAUGGAACUAUGUGCCAAAUAAUAAUUUCACAUGGGAAAACAUGGCAUUAUUAGUAUUGUGUUUGCAAAUGAGUAAUAUUUACAUCCGAAUACCAUAAAAUUACUUUAAAAUACGGAUUAUGGCAUUUUCAGAUUUAAAAUAAAAAUCAAUACAAAAGAUUACAAAAACAAUAACCGAAAUCAAUGUUAAAAAAAGCCAAAAGAACAAAAGCAGAAAGAAAAGUCAAAAGAGAAAAAAGAGAAAGCAAAAAACUCCGAUGCAAACAGAUCUGGAAAGACAGAGGAGACUUGAAGCAAAAAAAAAAAAAUUAAAACCUCGUAAAUAACGUAUUAAAUCUCUACAGGAUGAGGAAUAAGUUGAAGGAGUAAAGCCAGUGAAUUAACUGAAUAUAUGGUAUAUGUUCAAAUUUCAAAAAAUGGUUUUAGUGCUUAAUUAAUCUAGGAAGAAUAAGAAAGGAGAAAAAUGAUGAAUACGAAGAGGAGAAGAAGAGGAAAGAAAAACAUCAAGUCUUAUCAAGAUUAUCACCGCCGCCCAUCACCGGUCGCCGGAGAUGGGAGAAGAUUCGGUGAUUUCGGUCCAAACAUUUAUAAACAAAAGGAGAUGAAUUGCUAAAUGAGAAAGGAAAGAAAUGAGAAGGAAAGUGAGGAUGGAGGGGGAGAGGGUGUGCAUCUACACAUAUGGGAGAAGGAAAGAGAGGAUGGAGUAAGAGAGAGGGUGUGUGUCUGCUGAGAGGAGGAAAUGUUAAAUGAGCUGAG